AUGCGUUCCUUUACCAACCUGUCUUUACUUGUGACCUCGGUUCUUUCUGGUGUCAUCGUUGCAUUCGUGCCCGGCGUCAGCGCGAUCUCUGCUCACGGCGUCUCGCCUGAGCAUAUCCAUCGCCGCCAUGCGGGAUCGGCGCGUCUGAACGAAGUGAUUCGUGGGGACAACGCAGACUGGGCCCCCAACAGACGCGACAGCAACGCGCGGUUUACCCUCUAUGAAGCCGGUUUGGGUGCCUGUGGGGGUUACAACACGGAUAGCGAUUUUAUCGUGGCUAUAAACACUCCGCAAUGGGAUGGCGGAUCGCACUGCGGCGCGACUAUCACAAUCUCGUACGGAGGCAAGACCGCCAAAGCCCAAAUAGUCGACCGUUGCGAGAAAUGCCCAUAUAACGCCCUCGAUUUAACUCCGUCCCUCUUCUCAUACUUUGCAGACAUCGGUCAAGGUGUGUUUUACGGCGACUGGUGGUACGGAGACAGCACGCAAUCGACGACGACCCACAAGCCAUCGACCACGUCCCAACCACCUCCUCCGCCCUCCACAACCAAGACGACCACCUCGAAAUCGAUACCCUCCACUACUUCCACAUCCACCAGCUCGAGCACCAUCACCACUCAUAAGACUACCUCGUCCACGUCGACUACGACGUCAAGCUGGAGCACCAGUAUCGUCACCUCCAUCUCGGCGAUCACGUCUUCCGUCGCAAGCACAACUUCCCUCGCCUCCGCUACAGCUCUGCCUUCACCCGACAGCUCUUCUUUCAUGGAGCAGUUGGAUUAUCUCAUGGUCCAACUGGGUGGUCUGGCGCUCGCGGGUUUGACCGCGGCGGACGAGACAAUCACCAAUACUCAGAUCACCGGAGCUUGA